AUGAUUAUGAAAUUCAAAAAACGAGUUACAGUAACCUUUUCAGAAUCUCUAAAAAACAAGGUGUCGACUGCAAGCACUUCGUAUUCGAUAUCUACGGAUGAUUAUAUCAGCCAUGACAAUGAACCACAGUGGACGAGGAAUUCUACGGCCAAAAGCUUCUGCAUCAACAUGCUCUGCUCCAUCUACGCAUUGAUCCUCACCAUGGUCGCAUUUGUAAUCGAGAUCUCUCCCACAUGGCGAUCCGAAGACAUGUGGCUACCGUACUCGAUAUUUUGUGUCCUGAUGUAUGCAGUAGCAGUUUCCUAUUUUAUCUAUCUCUAUCUAUUCGUGAUUUAUCCCAAUAUAAUCAAUUCAUGCAUUUAUCUUCUAUUCCGGAAGGGAUGGCUGGUGGACCCAGGAAAAUGGCUCCGCGAUGAGCCGGUGUUUAAUGGAGAUGGUGCGGGUACAAUGUAUCUUCGGGUUGGGACUUUAUUUUUCGGGUCAAUGGGAAGUGUGUUAUGGGGAACCGAGGUGCUUUUAUGUUUUUUCGAAAACCAGCGACAUGGAAUUUACGUCGUCAAGUACACAUUGGCAGUUGUUUUUACCUACAUGCAAAUGCAUUUCAUUUUUUCUAACUCGAAAAUCUCUCUGAAACGAUCCAAUAUUAUUGCUAAAUUUGGUUUAAUGCAUUGCGUUGCUGUCAAUUUAUGGACAUGGCUUUCAAUUUGUCUCAUCAAAUCGAGCAUCAAACAUGCGAAAAAAGAAAUAAAGUAUGCUGAGGAAGAAGCCAAGAACGCUACCAAAACCGAAGUAUUCACCAAAUGGUCUUACGAUUUCACAAUGGACGAGUUUGGACCUCACGAUAAACAACUACGAGCUAUAAUCAAGCUAGGAAGCAAUUCGGAGCUUCUCCUAACAUGUCUUGUGGAAUUCUCUCUGAUUGCUGCAGUUAUCUGUUUUAUAAUCUGGAAAAAUGAUGAUCCAAACCCAGGAGAAUCCCCUAAAAAAAAAAAGAAACGAAGCUUCCGAUUCGAUUGCAGUGGAACAUCAACUGGAAUCUUUUUGGGGAUCGUAGUUCAUAUCAUUUCUACAGUAGUCAUUGGAAUGCAUGGGAUUCUGACGAAAAGCCAUAAGACGAACGCAGCAGAUCUUCUCGUGGGAUACACGGAUUUUCUGAUGUUCCUUGUAACACUACUGGCGUGUGUUUUGGCAUUCUUCCAGAUGAGAAAACUCCAAUACAGGUUGCAUGCUCAUGGAGAAGUUAUCGAUGAUAUUUUGUUGAUUGUUGGGUUGGCUGGCGAGUGUGUUUAUUCUUGUACUGGGAUGGAUUUGUAUUUGAAUGAUCGGUUGACGAAGCAGACGGUUACAUGGAUCACAAUUCCAUCGUUUGUGUUGAGAAUCACUGAAGUUUUGGUUCAAACGGUUUUCAUUUUGUUCGCGUCCAGAAUGCGAUGUUACACCUACUUAAACCGUGAGAAACAACCUGGAAAACAAGUAAUCACAUUUCUCCUUGUUUGCAACAUCAACUUGUUUAUCUACCAUACGUUUGAAACAAUGGAAUCAAAUUUCGGGUUCCCACUCAAACUACCCGACAAUUACUCUGUUAUGCUCAGUAUUGCUUCCCCCAUUGUUGUCUUCUAUAGAUUUCAUAGCUCCGCGUGUCUGGCAGAGAUUUGGAAACACACGUAUUCCCGGAAGCAUCACCAUGAGCAGUUGAUCCAUGAGCCAACGACAGAGAAUACUGUUGUGAAAAAACUUUAA